CCUCGCGCCACGCCGUAGGCCGGGCGUCUCACCUGUGCGCCGGCGCGCGGGCGUGUCCGGCUGCUAGAGAGGAUGUCGCUGCUGCGGUCGCUGCGCUUCUUCCCGGUCGCGUGCACCGGCCGCUCGGCGAGGUCCGUCCUGCUUCAGUCGUCUCAGCCAUGGCACACGUUUCACGCGGGCCCCUCGUUGGCAUCUGCCUCCAGCAAGGAGCUCCUUAUGAAGCUGCGGCGGAAAACAGGCUACUCCUUCGUCAACUGCAAGAAAGCUCUGGAGACUUGUGGCGGUGACCUCAAACAGGCAGAGGCCUGGCUGCACAAGCAGGCCCAGAAGGAAGGCUGGAGCAAAGCAGCCAAGCUCUAUGGGAGGAAGGCCAAAGAAGGCUUGAUUGGACUAUUGCAGGAGGGAAACACAUCCGUGUUAGUAGAGGUGAACUGUGAGACAGAUUUUGUCUCUAGAAAUUUAAAGUUUCAGCAGUUGGUCCAGCAAGUCGCCCUGGGGACCCUGUCUCACUGUCAGAGCCUACAGGACCAACUGUCCACCUACACCAAGGGCUUCCUGAACUCCUCUGAGCUUUCUGAACUUGCAGCUGGGCCCGGCACAGAAGGCUCUCUCAAGGAUCACUUGGCCUUAGCGAUUGGGAAACUGGGAGAAAACAUGAUUCUUAAGCGAGCUGCCUGGGUGAAGGUGCCGUCUGGGUUUUAUGUUGGCUCUUACGUGCACGGAGUAACCCAGAGCCCCUCCCUCCACAACCUGGUCCUGGGGAGGUAUGCGGCCCUGGUCGUCUGCCAGACCUGUGAGCAGAGCGCAGACCUGCAGGAUGUGGGCCGCCGCCUGGGGCAGCAUGUGGUGGGCAUGGCCCCUCUCUCGGUUGGCUCCCUGGACGAUGAGCCUGGAGGAGAGACUGAGACCAGAAUGCUGUCUCAACCGUACCUGCUGGACCCUUCCAUCACACUGGGGCAGUACGUGCAGCCCCAGGGCGUGUCUGUAGUGGACUUCGUGCGCUUCGAAUGUGGAGAAGUGGAAGAGGCAGCGGAGGCUGAAUAGGUCUUUGGCCCAGGUGGAAAUAUUUAUUUUUAGAUCUGGAUUUCCUUAUUAAAAAUUAUUUUCUAAACCUCUCCAA